AUGUUUUCCCGCUCAGCGACUUCGCCCGUUGCGCUUGCCGUCAAUCCUGGAAGUCCGCGCGUCUUCGACCGUCAAGGCGCGGCAUCUCUGCAGUCACCGCGGCCCCCAUCGCCUGACUCACAAGCCUCACGGACGCCUGCCUCUGACUCCGGGUCCGAUCCCAAGCGAGACGCCGCCGUCCGCCGUCAAAGUUCCCAGCUGCGCUUCACAAUCGAUCCCGAGGGCCACCUCACCCACGACGAAACCACCGUCGACGUCGUUGCGGUUCCUUGCCCCGGCGGCCAUCCCCUGCGCAGCUGGAGCCGCGAUGGCCUCAUGGGUCGCUACUACGGCGCUCUGUCCAUGAGAGACGCCCAAGUCAAAGACGACUCUGAGCGGCCGGCGCCUUCGUGGGUGAGGCAAGGCAUACGACGGGAGGCCGACAAGGCGCGCAUCUUGCUGUACGAGCAUCCGCAAAUCGAGGAGGACACGACUCUGAGUGCGCUCGCAGACGGCCUGCUGCAUAACCUGCAGCAUCUGCGUGAGAACGAGCACGACGAGCGGCCGGUUGUGUUUGUUGGACACAGCGUCGGCGGGCUGGUGGUCAAGAUGGCGCUUGUCAAGGCAGGCAGGGACGCAAGAUACGAGAACAUUCUAAGGCAGUGCUAUGGUGUAGCAUUCUUUGGCUCGAGCUACUUUUCCCUACCCAGCCUGGCAUGCAGCAUUCAGAACCUGCUCCAGCUGUCCUCGCCCCUUCCUGCCUCGGUGACGGACGACCUCCGUGUGGGAAACAGCCUGCUCAUCCGCGCCGACGAGGACUUCAAGGCCGUCUCCAACGACCUGCAGGUGUGGACGUUUUACGAGACCAUCGACUCGCGUCUCCCCGGGGGGAGCGCGACUUCGGCAUCCGAGUCGAGGGAAGUCUACUUCACGGCACCGCUUGCGUCCAUGAGUUCUGCCAUUCUGGGCAUGCGACAGGAGCGCAUAUUCCCGUUACAGAGCGACCAUGCCAAUAUCGCGUCCUUUGGGAGACACAAUGUCCGCACCUUGCACAUGUUUCUCAAGCAGCUGGCCCACCAAAUUGGCCACGCGGAUGCGAAUGUGCGUGCAGAGAAGUUCGGCGGUCAGUGGAGGCUGGGGCUGGAGCACAAGGUAAACGUCGAGGUUCAUGGGUUCUUUGACGGUCCGCCGCCUAGCCAAGGCCAGCUCGAGGGCGAUGGUUGUCCGAUCGUCAGGGCCUGGAGCACCCGGCUGCCGCUGAGGGAGUUCCUGAGCAAGGGCCCUGAUGGGUGUUUGAGCGAGCGGCUCAACGAGGUGGAGGCUAGUCCGGAGGGAGGGAGGCUUUUGGGACGUGGUGGAAGGACGCCUCUUGCCCAGGAGGGGAGCGAGAUUGCGCCCGUGCCGGCCGCGGCCGCGGAUCCCACGACGGUCAAGAACGCGUUGGGGAUUCAAGACGCCGUGUCUAGAACGGGGGCUGCAACGUCUCCCGUGUCACCGAAGGUUCGGCCUCUGGAUGCCGGUUCACCAGGCACCCGUCCGGGACCGGUUGCUACACCUCUUGGCCCAACGAUUCCCCCAUCGCGAGGAAUCUCUCCGAGAUCAAGUCCCUUGGGCAGGUCCCCGCCGCUGGUGAGAGCAGACAUUGACCAGGACCUUGCGGUAGAUCGCCUCUCGCCGCCGCUCCGAGGCCGUCUGGGCGGCCGCUCCAUUAGCCGCUCAUUCAGCCUAGGAAGCGACGGAUCCCGCUUCGAGUACAAAGACUUCCCACCGUUUUCCCCGCGAAGCCGUAGUUCUAUAGGCGAUGUCCUCGGCAGCGAUGACGAGGACCUUGAUUCGCCAAGGCUGCCCGAAGCCGUGGUAGCUAUUCGCAAGCUUACCAACACAGGGACAGGCGAUGCGAGCGAAGUGGUGAUUGUGGAUCAGGCGCCCAUGGCGUUUGUGAAGCCGGACGUCGAGAGCCGCAAGUUCCUCUGGGUGCAUGUGCCGUUUAACAACCCGACCUGGGUAAAGAGCGUUUUGCAAUCUCUUGAGGCAUCGUACAAGAAGGACUAUUCAGCCCUGUACGGCCAGGACUUUUGGAUGACGAGACAUACUCGGGGGCGGCAUGCGCAGCACUACGCGCAUUAUGCGAAGCCGGGAUGUUACUUUUCCGCUCCCAGGACCCUGUCGCCUCGAGGCCGGUCCAUGGGGGGGAACCAGUCCCUUUCACCGCCCCUUGGAAACGGCGACUCGAGUUACAUUUGUUUGUUUCUUCCCUACCUCCACUUUGACUCGUACAAGAAACUUCUCCGCCGCCGGAACACCAUCAUUCGACGCCUCUCACAGGGCCGCGCGCAGCCCGUGCCGGAGACGGUCGCAAAGUCUGAUUCGCUGGAGCUCCAAGUCAUCUGGGAGUAUCUAGGCCACGAUCCGCCCAUCAACUGCCGCCGCACGCUGGACCAGUAUGGAUAUCCGUCCCUGCGAGAUACCAGAUCGCGCGAUGACGACCAAAUGCUGUACAAACUCACCAAGGAGCGGGCCCCCGCGCCCGACGGAAAAGGUGGUGCGCUGAACAAGCAGGGCUCGAGCAACGCGGCGGCUUCAGAGAGCGGCGGGAGCGGGCAGACGCAGCCGACUUCAGGUUCGGGCAGCAGCUGGCGCGAGCGGCUUCUGGGCCCAGACGCCGACGACGACGACGACGACGACGACGACAGAGUGUUGAACGGCAACGUGCUGAUGGUAGACCAGUUGUGGCUCUGGGUCAUGCAAUCGCACACGGUCGUGUCCUUUUUCCCCAGGAGAGAGAGCGACCCCAUCGAAGGGCCGCUGUACCAGCAGGCCGACCUACGAGACAGCAUCUUCAACGAAGUCAACGUCGACCUCACGAGGCGGUGCGAAAACGCCCACGACCUGGCCGCCCUGGCUGCCCUCCACGCCGUCAGCGUACUUCUCGACCGCUCGUCCCACCCAGACCUGGAAGUGUUUCGAAUCUUUGAAGAAGCCAUCAGCGUGCUCACGGAGCGUCUCACCUCGUCCCUCAAGGAGUUCCGGUCAGAAGGCUUCCGCGACAAGGCCUUCGACUACGAGCCUGUCGACGACGGCGCGCGCAGCAUCCGCAAGCGCCACAAGGAGGAGGGCCGCCGCGCCGAGCGCGAGAACCGCCACAACACCUCGGCCCUCCUCGAGCUCCGCGACAUGGAGGACGAGCUCCAGACGCUCCUGCACCUGUUCGAGCGCCAGUCCAAGGUCCUCGUGUCCAUGCACGCCACCUACAGCCGGCCAGAGCUGCGCGAGCACGCCGCCAACGGGCGCUCCUUUCUGGGCGAGGCGCUCAAGCGGCUCCGCGAGCACGCCCAGCAGGCAAACGACAUGGUGCAGCGCGUGCGCGCGACGCGCGACGACUACGACAAGCUGCUGCAGAUGGUGCAGCGCCAGGCGCAGGUGGACGAGGUCCGCCUCAGCAGGCUCCACGCCGACCUGGCAAGCGCGCAGUCGCGCAGCGUCAUGAUCUUCACCACCUUCACCGUCAUCUUCCUCCCGCUCACCUUCUUCACCGGCCUGUUUGGCAUGAACACGCGCGAGUGGGGGGGGCAGGACAACCUGCCGCUGCGGACGAUUGGCGCCAUCGCCCUCCCGUCGAGCGCGUUCCUCGUGCUGGCGAGCCUGGUCGUCGCCUUUAGCACGAGCGCGCGCCGCUUCUUCCGGUGGCUGGACCGGCGGCGCCGACACCUGGCGCGGCGCGUGUGUUUUGAGGUCUGGGGGCCCCUGGUGAUCAGGGCGGCUGACCUGGGCGGCAGGCUGAGGUGGAAGGGCAAGGCGAGCGAGGACAGGGAUGCGCCGAGGAGGCGGAGGAAGCUGGAGACGGAGGCGAGCGACUUUUGGCAGAGAAAUCGGCCCGAGAGGGAUCGAGGCUACAGGAUUCCCGAGGUCAACAGGCGGCGGGCUCACGUCCGGGAGCGGGAGGCAUAG